GAGGAGGAGGAGGAGGAAGAGGAAGAGGAGGAGAAAGAGUUGGCCUAGAAACGGUGGGUUCUUCGAUCUCCGGAUCAGAGUUGGUUUUCAGGCUUGUUCCCCCUCGUUCCUUCACGCUUGUCCAGCUGAAGGCCCCCCUCGUUUGACCGAGCGUCGUCGGCGACGAUGGUAAUGGUAAAUGGCCCGUGGAGAGGCACUCCGGUCCGUACUCCUCCGUGGCUGCACUGGAAACGGGAGCACGCCACGUGAAAGUAGGAAGGGGAGGCUAUAGCCGGACCGACGUCGCUUCGUGCGCCUCAGUCGUUCGUGGACCUCGAAGGACGAAAGAGGUCGAAGAGGGCACGUUUCCUCCUCUCUCCUUCCUCCUCACGGCGCUCGUCACCAUCUCUCCUCUCUCCUUCUCCGAGAACAUCUAUUCCGCGCGCGCCUUCGGCCUUAUCCUCCUUAACGACCCGGUGCCGGUGGCGAGACCACGAACGUCCACGCAAUAAGAUAAUCGCACGCAGACGUCCGCCUACUGCGCUCCGAGAAAGUUGUCUCUUCGUAAACGCUGUCCCGCUGGUUUCACGAUCGUGGCCAAGAAGAAGCUAUUACAUCCGAACGGAUCUCCGUCGACGUUUACCAAGGAUGCACCGUCACGUCUCCCUCGUCAUCGGGAUCGUCCUGCUGUGUUGCCUUCAAGAGUUCGUAACCGGCGCGUGUCCCCGAAUAUGCCCGCCGAGUGGAGAACCGGUGUGCGGUAGCGACGGAGUGAUCUACGCGUCGCAGUGCGAAAUGCGGAAGAAGAUGUGUGGAAAGGGCGUGACCAUGGCUACGGAGAAGACCGCUUGCCUGAGGUCAUCCGGUAGCAAGUGCGAGCAUCGUUGCUCCGGCGAUCAGGAUCCGGUAUGCGGCACCGACGGUCGCACGUAUCUAAACAAGUGCAUGCUGAGGGUCGAGGUAUGCAGAGUCGGGAUCGAGCUGUCGCACCUGGGCCCCUGCAACAACAUAUCGGCGCACAGAGAGAAUUGUCCGGUGUCUUGCGAAUUCGCUCCGUUAGACGGACCUAUCUGCGGAAGCGACGGGAACGUUUACAAGUCCACGUGCCAAAUGAAACUGCUCACCUGCGGACAAGGCGUAGUACGUACGAACAAAAAGCACUGCCAGACCACCAGACACUGUCGCGAAUCUUGCUGGCGCGGUGCCAAGCCAGCCUGCGGCAGCGACGGAAUCCUCUACUCGAAUACCUGCAAAAUGCGUGCGAAGAACUGCGGCAAGCACGUGUUCGAGGUGCCGAUGUCGUUUUGCGUGUCGCGGGAGCGCACCUCCGGCAGCCAAUCGAACGCCUGCCCCUUGGACUGCAAGAACGAGCCGGACGGACUGAUGUGCGGAUCGGAUGGGAACAUAUACAGAAACGACUGCGAGAUGCAGAUGCUUAAUUGCGGACAGGCGAGGCGAAAGGUGACGAAAGUAGACUUCGAGAAGUGUCAACCGCGACUGACGAAAUGCAUGAAACAACAGCAAAGAUGCGGGAACGACGUAGACCCAGUUUGCGGCAGCGACGCGACCUCGUAUCCGAACUCCUGUCAUCUGAACGUGGCCGCCUGCCUAAAGGGCAUUCAAUUGGCUCACGUCGGCGAGUGCACGACCUUGAAGGAGACCGAACACUGCCCCGAAGACUGCAGCGAGGUGCCCGAGGAACCAGUUUGUGGAAGCGACGGGAACGUUUACCGGUCCCUUUGUCAUCUGCGCCGCGAGACAUGCGGUCAGAGGGUGGUUCAAGUUCCAGCACAGCACUGUCGUACCACCGCGCUUUGCAACCAGAUCUGCAGCGGGGAACGCCAGUUUGUUUGCGGUUCCGACAACAAGCUCUAUCGCAACGAGUGCGAGAUGAAGAGGGACAAUUGCGGGAAACACGUAUACGUGGUGCCGAUGAAGAGAUGCGUUCAGGGCUUCUUAUUCCGGGGUUGCCAAAAGAUUUGCCCGCCCUACUACGAUCCUGUUUGCGGCACGGACGGCAUGACCUACAGCAACGAAUGUUUCUUGGAGAUCGAGAACUGUCGCAGUCGAAGCCUAGUGACGAAAAAUUAUCACGGAGUGUGCGGCCAGCCAACGGAGGAGCCCAAGAAUUACUUGUACUAGAUCGAUCGAUCGAUUUCCAUUUGUACCAAAAUCUCUGUCGGAAAAACUACUCUUACGAACGCGUUGACGAUUUCAAAACGACUCGAACCGAAUAUGUAUUAAAAAAGAAGGAAAGCAAAAAAAAA